AUGGCCGUGGAGCAAGCCCAGGAGUUGCAACCGCUUGACAAGUCGAUGAUGGCUGCUAGAUUUGACGACAGUAGAACCAAAGAACCGGAGACGUGGUAUAAGGUCGUCCAUAACGCCGGUCCUGAAGAAGUUGCUGAGUCGCCAUCGAAUAGCGAGGAUGAGCUGCACAUGUCCCACGACGAGAGUACAACCUCAGUAUCACGACCAUGUGGCUCUCAGAAGGUUGCCUUAUUGACAACGAAGCCUUAUCAGCCGGCCAAGUUGACAGAGUCAGAAAAGCUAGAGCCACUAGAAAAAGACUACCGCGACCUGCAAAAAGCCUACGACGACGCACGACGAGACUUACAUUCUUCAAGUCGGGAGAACAGAGACCAGUCGCUCGAAUUGCGGGAUAUCAAGCGCCAUCUUGCCAAAUCGCAAGAGCAGAACACACAACUCCGCGAGCAAAAUGGCCUACUGCAGGAAGCUUACCAGGCCCAUCGAGCUCGUGGAGAAAAGCUUUCCAAGAGUGAGAGAAACAAGUACAACGAACGUUUCGAGAUGUUCGAGAACCACAUAUCCCACCUUCAACAUGAGCGCCACAAACGAGAAACCCAUAUGGAGUUCCUGACCGAGCAGACCCGAGAGGCAAACGAUGGCAAGGAGCGGCUCGAGGCAGAAGCGCGAAAGUUGCAGAGACAGAUAAGGGACUUGUCCGCUAACUUGACAGAGUGCAGAGACGAUCUACUCCGGCUGCAGCCUACAAGCCAAGUAUCUGACAAUGAGAUCUCCGAGCAAUUUUCAAACCUGGACCAGCAGAUUGCGGGGUGGGUCGAUGACAAAACUGAAGAUUCAACGGUGUUGGAAGAGAAGUUCGGAAGCAUCAAAACAGUGGACGGCUUACCUGAGAUGCUGAGGAUGUUUGCAACCCCUGACCACCUACGGCUCGCAAAAAAAUACCCCAGUUCGCAGCCAUUGCUCUUGCGGUAUUUUGUCCACUGCUAUCUGCGGACCUUCAUCCUGAGUAGCGACGUCUAUCUCUUCGGACUUGACGCACGCACCAUUGCGCUACUACGGGGCAUGGAGGAAGGGAUCAAGCAGCUUGAGCCAUGUCGAGACGAAAAGACACUGCGGAACUGGAGGUCCGAGACCCUCCAAGGUCUACUCAAGAUGGACAGCUUCAUCGAGGAACAGAGCCGACAGGCAAAACUGGCAUCCCAAACCCUAUCCUCAGCCCUCUCCGCCCUCACCUCGGCCUCUCCAAACGACGACGACGCAGACUCAGCCGAGCUCCACAAGCAAAUCAUCCAACCGACCAUCCACCUCGCCACCAAGCUCCGCCUCUCAACAACCGACUACCGCCUCACUUUCCACCCCUUCACGCGCGACCCCGGCAAAACCAGCACAGCCUAUCACCAAGAGAUCCCAAACUGCAGCAUGGUCGACAUAACGACGCACAAGAUCGUCCGACCGGACAGCAUGCUCAAGGUCGGUGACGACGGCCGCGUCGGCGAAGAGAUGCUCGUUGUGUCGCCGGCGCUGGUGCGGGAACACACGGACGGCAAGGGAAGAGUCAUGGUGUGCAAGCCGACGGUUCUGGUCAGGCUGGACGAGCCGAUGGGGAAGCGCAGCCGUGGGAUCAGGGCGUUGGGGGCUUGGACGCCGAGUUGGUUGGUUGGGGAUGAUGGGGUCGAGUGA